CAAUUUUCCAAUCUACGCGCCACAGCGCGUCAGUCGCCGUUUCUAAGGAAUAAUUAAUACUGCACAACAUAUUACUGCCUACCUAGGUACCUACAUGUGUAGCAAUUCUGACAAUCGGAACUGCGAACCUUUUACGAAAUAAUUUUGAGGAAGAAGAAACACUCCCUACUACACAACUUACUGCUUCUAUCAAUAUUCCGCAAUGGCAUCAAAUCAGCAGUCCCUUCAGCGAUCAACGACGCCAGCAGGACCACGAGAAAAGACAUACUUUGAGCAGCAGCGGGAGGCGCUAAUUAGUGAGAUUGCUAUGAGCUUCGAACAUGUCCUCGCCAACAUCAACAAGCUAAACCGGUCCCUUGAAGCCGUAGUCGCCGUCGGAAACGAGUUCUCCUCCGUCGAAGCCCUAUGGUCCCAAUUCGAAGGCGUCAUGGCCAAGGAUCCUGAGGAGGGUAACGCGGAGGGCGAGGGACAGGGACACCAAGAUGGGCACGACGACGAGGCUGGUGAGUCGGGAGCGAACAGGAAAGGCUCUUGAAUGAAAAAAACAGCAAGAAGUCCGUGACCGGAUAUCUAUGCGCCUAACCUAACCUUAUACGAAUCACGAAGGACGAGGGGCUACUACGACGACAUGAUGAGAAUAGAGAGGGGGAUAGAGGAAAGAAAGCAGGUGAUGAUUAUUUAUCAUGACGAUACCCGCCGUG